AUGCCUUCAAUAUCCGCCCACAACACUCCAGAUGCUCAGCGCAUCUUCGACGAAAUCCACCACGCAUUCGAGCUUUCCAGCGAAUCUCUUAUUCAACUCACUGGCCAGUUCUUGCAUGAAUUCAAGGUCGGAUUGAGUGGGUACAACCAUGCUAUGGCCAUGAUCCCUUCCUUCGUUACCGGAGUGCCCGAUGGCACAGAAACCGGGACUUUCCUGGCAUUGGAUCUUGGUGGAACGAACAUGCGCGUCUGUGAGGUUGUCUUGAAGGGCGACACAACCUUCAGCCUUCGCCAGCAAAAGUACAAAGUUUCUGACGCGCUCAAAACGGGGGAGGCAGCCGUUCUGUUCGAUUACCUCGCAGACUCAGUUGAUGCUUUCCUGACAUCAAAUCCGCCAAGCGACGCUCCCGGAUCUCAUGAACUUGAGUCCACACCUGAUGUUGUCCAUCUUGGGCUAACCUUCUCAUUUCCCGUCGAGCAAACCGCCCUCAACUCAGGCAAAAUUCUCACCUGGACCAAGGGAUUCUCGGCCAAGCAUGCGAUCGGUAACGAUGUGGUCAAAUUAUUACAAGACGCGUUCGACAGGAAGCAUAUGCAUGUGAAGUGUGUGGCCCUGGUUAACGACACGGUCGGUGCCCUUCUGUCUCGUGCUUAUACUGCUGGCGGUUGCACACUUGGAGCAAUAUUCGGGACCGGUACGAAUGGUGCCUAUGUCGAAGACAUCGCAAACAUCAAGAAGUUGGCCAACGAUCCAGCGGCGGCAAAUGGCGGCGUUAUGAUUGUCAACACCGAAUGGGGUGCUUUCAACAACUCACGCUCGCAUUUGCCGUCGACCCCCUUCGAUAACGCGCUUGACCGCCUGAGCAUAAACCCGAGCUUCCAGGCUUUUGAAAAAAUGAUCAGCGGCAUGUAUCUUGGCGAAGUAACACGAAACAUUCUUCUGUCUCUUGUUGAUGCUGCCCCCAAAUCGCUCCUGUUCGGUGGGAAGACCACAGCAGCCCUGAAUGCACAAUGGGGACUUGACACCAGCGUCAUGAGCGCUGUAGAAGAAGCUUGGGAAGGCGGCGAUGGGGAGGCAACACCCUGGCAAAAUACUGCUCCUCAGCUAUCUUUGUUCGAGGAUGUCGAAAAACUAGAUGCCAACGUCGCCACCCGUCUCAAUCGUGUACGCGAUGUCAUUGCAAAGGAGCUUGGCUUCUCCGUAGAUGCAGUCUCACUACGAGAUGCUGAGAUUGUCCGAUGGGCAUCAUCGAUGGUCGCCCGUCGUGCCGCCCUGUUGAGCGGAGUCGCAGUUGGCACUGUUCUUAUCCAAACUGGACGUGGCGUUCUCUCUGGUCAAGAGGGGCAACCGACCAAGAAUGAACCCAAGAUCGGUGUUGGUGUCGAUGGAAGUUUGAUUCAGUUCUAUCCACACUUUGAAGAGACCUUGCGGGAGUCUCUUCGUAUCGUGGUUGGAGCUGAUGUUGAAAAGCGGGUUGAAAUCGGUCUGGCCAAGGACGGCAGUGGAGUCGGAGCUGCACUGUGCGCGUUACAAGCGGUUAAGCAAGCGUAA